AUGUGCUUCGGCAAGAAAGACUCGGCUUCGGCCUACACCUUCUCGUCCUCCUCAAGCGACGAACCCAACGCUCGUCCCAUCGAGCUGCCUACUAUCCGCCGCCCCUCUGGCACCGCCCGCACCACUGCCAGUAUGCCUCAACAGGCUCCUCAGCGCGCCGUUGGUCGUGAGACUAUCCGCAUCGUCGAGUCUGCUAGCAUUACUUGCGACGAUCAGCACAAGUCUGGUGAACAGCCAAGAAGUGAUCUCGCCCUCAAGAAACACUCCUUUCUCUAUGGCGCACAACUUUUCUUUGUUUCCCUGUGCCGCCACGGUUGCUUCAUCUUUGGAGUGCUCAUCAAUGUCCUCCUACUCUCGCUCACCAUCUGGAGCGCACACUCAGGCAAACCCUUCGCUGUUUGGGUCUCCCUACUCAUCGCUUUCUUGUUGGCUUUCGUGUUUGUCGUCACGAUUACAUUCGGUCAUCUCCGUUAUGAGCCGGGCUACCGCGGCAGCAGCUCCUACAUCGUGCCUCUCAACGACGAAGAGAUUGAGCUCUAUCACAUUGGCUCAUCACCACUCUCUAUUGUAAACGAAGAGCCCUCUCAAGAAGAAUUGUACCGCCGCCAUCUGGCUGAGCGUCCCCUGCCUCCUGAGCCUGUCCACCGCCGUCGUCGCUCUGAUCGUGGCUCUCCUUUCCCGACUUUGAUCUCUCCUUUGAGCGAUCCUUUCAUCGAGCAAGACACUCGUCUCCCUACGCAGAAUGGCAGAAACACCAUUCGACUCGUCCCUGAGUCUUCUCUUGCUUCGCGCGUGUAA